AUGGAGAGUGAUUUGUACUUUGAGCGCCUGUGCAACGAUGUAUACGGGUAUUACGGAAUGCUGCGAAACGUGGACCCAAAAAAGCACGCAUUGGUGAUGCUGAGGUCCAUGGGCGAGUUUUGGACGGAGAGAGACCUGGAAAAGGCCUUUUCAGAGAGGCCGGAAGGACAGAAGUUUUUAAACUUCACGGAAUUCAGAAGACUGGCGAAGUCGAAGUGGUACGAGCCGGCGGGCGGAGAUCAGCUGGAAGGUGGAGCCCAGAACGAUGACGGCUACGGAAACGAGAUAUUCAUGCACCCCGAGGACGUGAGCAGGUUCAAAGGCGCCUUUGACAGGGUGUCGGAGUUCUACACGGGCGCCCGGGGCCCGAACAGGACGCUACCCCUGGAGGUGCUCCACAACAUGAUGACGAACCAGGAGCAGCCGAUGCCGAAGCCCGUGGCAAGCUACUUCAUGUCGAAGCUGAAUGUGUACAACAACGAGGUGACCGCGAGGUCGCUGCUGUGCCUACUGGCCAAGAGGGAGGCUGUCCACAACGUUAUGUAA